CUCUUCCCAAACGUGAACGCGGCCGGAGGAGGUCGGUAGAAAAUGGCGAGUGUGUGCAAAAGGCAGCAAUGCACAAUCGACAGGCGCGGCUUUCGACAGGAACUUGACUCGUGGAGGCACAAACUCAUUCGCUGUGUAGGUUUUGAAAGCAUUUUGGAGGGUUUGUUUGGUCCACAGCUGGUAGAAGAACUAAAAUUAUUUAAGGGUCGUGGGCCUGAGGAAGGGUCAGACUGGUCAUUUGAUGAAAACUGUCUAUUCUGCUGUUUGAGACGAGACAAAGUAAAGGAACACUUGCUUGCCUUCAGCAAGGAGGUGCUUGAAGAUACAGCCAAACCUCUCCUGGUUAAAGAUCAGACUGCAAUUACCAGACUAGAAAAACAAACUGAGGAUUUUCUUCAUGCAGUCUUCUGCAGAAAAGAUGUGCCAAAUGUGUCAGACCCACACAUUCCCAUAGUGGCUCGAGAGAUCCUUCAGAAAAUGAUCCGGCAGUUUGCCACAGAAUAUACCUCAAAAACCAGCUCCAUUCAGGACAGCUGUCCAGAUUCUAAGCCUCGUUCUGACCAAAGCCUGCUGCCACCAUCCUCCUUCUCAGGGGCACCGCCUUCUACCAGCUCUGCUUCCUCCCCAGCUUCAUCGGCACACAAGCAGAAUCCGGUCCUCAGCAAGCUUCUCAUGGCUGACCAGGAUGCUCCUCUUGACCUCACUGUCAAGAAACCGCUGGCUGAGCCCUCUGAACAAGAUGGUGUCCUUGACCUUUCUGUCAAAAAGAAUCGUUACAGCAGCAGCCUGUCUGUCUGUAGUCCCUGCAUUUCUCCACCUGCGUCCAUGCUCAAACGUGACUCUCCAGACCUCCAUGUUGCAAAGGAAAAAGACCUGCAGUCCACAUCCACACUGGAACAGUUCAUGGCCAAACUGUGUCCUCAUCAUCAGAGACAGAUGGUUGAUGCCAUAAGUUUCCUUCAGAUGGAGGUGAAGGCACUUGCGUCCUCCAACACACUUCAAGCUGCUAACGCUACCACUGUGGUCCAGGCACCUGCAUGUUCCACUGCACCAGCUAUCGUUGUGAACCCUGAGAAGUCGUGUCCUGAGCUGAAGUUACCCACUGAAACCAUACACAAGUCAGAAGCUCAAGACAUGGUCAUUUCGGUUCCUACAAAUUUAACAGAUAAUGUUCCAGAGACUGCAGUUACGCUGAAAACAUCUAUUGCUCCUGGUCCACUUUUGGAUAUUUGCAAGUCUGGUUCAGGGAACAAGCAGCCUUCAGUGGACACUGAGAACCGUCAGGAUGGUCACAUACCUCUUAAGAUGAAAAUCAUGAAGACAAGCAAUGUUGUUGAUGGUAACAAGUUGUCCUGUGUGCUUACCACUUCUCUUACUUCUAACUCUGGCACUUUAGAGGAAAGGCAGGGUAACUCGGACUCAUCCAACAAAAUUGAGACUCUCAGUGCUAGACUGAGCUCUUCUGUGAAAAGACACAGUCAGCCUUGUUUUACACAUCCAGCCAGAGAGAAUGACACUCUGGGACAUGCCAAAGAUACACCAGCAAGAGCGUUUUUAUCUCAUGUGUCUGUUCUUUCAGGCUCCCCGCGAACAGCCAGAAAGUCUAUCAAGGCCUCCACUGAUCAUCAGACAAGGGAUUCUAGAAACAGAAUCACAGUUGACCCUGAUCUUGGCAACUGUGACAUUGUUUAUAUUGACAAACCAAUUACAGAGUGUUUCAGGGAAAAGCGACGCAACAUGUUUCCACGGCGUAAUGCUAGAAAAAGCACGAGAGGGCACCUGUACAUUGAGGAAAUGUGGGAGUUGAAAACUGUUCGCACCCUGGCUGGUCGUAAUGAGAGAGGCAAUUGUCCAAAUCCAAUGCCAGAGCUGAUCACACUAGUCACUCCUAAACAAAUACUAUCAAAACCAGACGGUGUACCACCUGUAGAUAUGCCUUUUGCUGGAAGUUGUAGAGAAAAAAAUAAUCAACAAAUACCCACAGAUGAUUCUGAGGGGGUUAUACCAGGAACAGGAGAUGUGGUGCAGAUGGCAGCCAGUGAAGCCGACCUUGUAGUUGAAACAAGUCAGACAGAUCAGUGUCAGAGCAAGGAGCAGCCUGCACUGACAUCACCAAUAAGCGCUUCAUCAGAGAGGAAAGAAACAGAUAUAAAUGCAGAACUACUGGAGAAUUCAUUUACAGAUUUUGACCAUACAGACGGGACUGGAGAAAAUGUUGGUCAAGCUACUUUUGAAGCAGAAAAUGUCAACAGUCCUGAGACCCAAGAUGACCUGCAUGAAAGUAACGAGCAGGUAAUCCCAGAACAGGUAAUUGACCCGUCAGAGAACGCUAUGCAAGACGUUGAAUCCCAGGAUUUAUCAGAGACUGUACAUGGUGGAGAGCUGAGACAACAGCAGACUAGUCCGUUAACUGUUGUGAAUGCAGAAGAGAAGGUGACAAAGGAACAGGAAGCUGAGAGAACAGAAGAGGAGCAGUCUCAAGAGGUUCAGCCAGAAAUGCAGAUGGACUGUGAGAACUUGACAGUGACAGAAACAUCCCACACCACAGGAGGUUCAGUGGAUGAGGAGACAGUGAAGGAGGCAGAAAUUAAUGCAGUUGAAGCAGUUGACAGUGUUGAACCUCAGAAUGAAGAUGCUGAUGAAUUUGAUGUCUCCUCAAAGACACUUGAUGCACUCUUGAAGGAAUUACCCCCUUGGCGUAGGAAGAAGGGUACUCUACUUUCUUUGCCAAAGCGGUUCAGGCAAACAGAAAGUAGUGUUGUGGGCUAUUUUAAUGGUAAACCCAUAUCUGCAUCUGAUAGAAGUCUACGCCAUAGAACAAAUAAUAGUACCACACCACCUAAAAAGCUCCCAGUGAAAUCUAGUAAAAAUGAAUCCCACAGGGUUUCUGGUGAUUCAUCUGGUGAAUCUGUAAAAACAUUUGAAAGUACACCUCUGUUACCUCUAGUGACUGAAGAGGCUCCUGAUAAAUCGAGCCCAGUAGCAAAAUCUCCUUCAAAGAACAAACAAAUCCAAAAAGAGAAGAAAAUUCAGACAGAUCAUGACAGUUUGUCUGUACAUCCUGAUCAGCCAGUUGAUUGUCCUCCCAGCAAACGCCACCUUAGGUCAGCUCAACACAAACUAGAAGAAAGUCUUGUAUCGCCACUCACCCAUGUUGUUGCAUCUUUUCCAUCUCCAAAAUCCCCCUCUUCUGAUGCACUUCCAUCAACAGAUCACCUCCCAUCUCUCUCCUUUUCUUCAUCUCCUCAAAGCAUUUCAUCCCCUCUUGCAGGCCCUGAACAGUCCCAGGUCAGCACAGCCCCACUGACUAAUUCCAGUGUGGUAGAAGCUCAUUCAGAUGCACAACAAACUGAGAUUGAAAGCAGACUGCAGGCCAAACAGAAACUUAGAUCUGCAAAAGUUGAAGCCGAUGCCAGUAAAAAUGGGCAACAGCUUUGCAGUGAGGUAUCAUAUUCUGUAGAAAAUCAAAGUCCCAUAAAAACUAAAAUGGAAACACAGAUCAUGCCAUUAAGAAGUAAACGCAUUCUCCGGAAAGACGCAGAAGCAAGUGAUUUGCCUUUGCAGCAGACGACAAAUGUAACCACUUUAGAAGACAGAUCUGUUUGCGGUGAUGACAGCAAUUCAUUCAUGUUGAGUAAACCCACAAGAAUGCCGUUAAGGAGUAUGAGCGGAAAAGCUGAAAUACCUCUCCAGUCUCUACCGCAGUCACCACCUCUGGACAGCAAGAAAUUAUCUUUGAGAUCACAAAAACUUGUCAUGUCCUCUGACAGCGGGGUCGCUGAAAACCUGAGUGAUACAGCCUCAGCUGCCAAAUCAGUUUCAGAAAAAAUGUCUAAAACUAAGGUGAAGCCACCAACAGUCACGUCUGUGACGUCCCACAACUCGGCCAUUCCUGUUACCACAUCCAGAGCCGGGCCCCAAAAACAAACUGCAGACAAGUUCUUAGAGCUUCUGAAUAGAGAAGAAAACCAAAACUUAAUUGCAAACCUGAACAGUAAAUAUGAUAAAAUGCAGAAAGGCUGGGUGCAGAUAGACAAAGAGGGUCAACCAGCAACAAAACACAAAAACAAAGCAGACAGGCAGGCAGUUAUAUGGAAAACUAAACGCAGGGCACGAAAACAAAAAUCUCCAGACCAUAAAUACUCACCAGUUCAAAUGCUCUUCAUGACCAGCUUUGAUCUUUCAAGUAUUUGCCGCUGGUUCCUUGAAUCAACUGAAACAAAGUCUCUUGUCAUCGUCAAAAAAGUUAACACACGACUUCCACCAGAAACUCAGAUGUGUUUCCACAGCACUUCUGGUGUUUCGGGGAUGUCUCAAGGAGUGUUUCCAAGCCUCCAGGCAGAGCGCUUAAAGAAACACUUGAAAAAAUUUGCCAUUGCUUCUCCCGUAAAGAGCAACCCCAAGAGUCAGAAACUAAUUGCCAAAGCACUGGAGCAAGAGUCAAAUGCAGUCAAAGCGAAAGAGAGGAGAGAGCCCUCUAACAGCGAUCGGUCAUCCGCUAAAUCAUGCUCCUCCUUUGCUGAAUCAAAUGUGCAAGUAGGUGAAUACCAGAAAUCCUCCAGUAAGUCAAAAAAUCCAGCUAGUGCAAGAAUCUUGAGAAAAUACUCUCAUAUCCGAGAGAAGAUGCAGGUUCAGCAGACCAAGGCCAGGCUGAAACGGAGCUCAAAAACACUGAAAGCCACCAAUGUGAAAACACUCAGCGCCACAAAGUCUGGCUCCAAGUCAAAUCCGAAGCGGUCCCUGAAGGCAAAGAAAUUAUCCCUGUCUGUCAGUAAGCGCAUGAAGGAGUCUACGGAAAAAGCGAAAAAGAAGCCACUGACUGGCAAAACCACUACCGUGCAUCCUGUGCAAGAGAAGGCCAGGAAGGCUCAAAGCAGCAGUAAAGUCUCUAAAGCACUAUCAAAAAUUCAACUGCCUAAGAGAUGUUCUCAACGACUGGGAUCCCCUAAAAUGUCUCGACAAAACAUUGCAGUCACAUCCAGGAACAAGAUGGACAAGAAACGAUAUCAUACAGCAAAAGCAGAGGUGGAAAAGUGUGCUGCAAGUAAAGGGCAUGCAAUAAAAAGUACAAAGGAAUCCUCAAAAAGUCCAGCUGCCGAUGAAAGGAAUACAGAAAAUGCUACUGCAAAUGCCCAGCAGGGUGCAAAUACCAAAGCCCAGAUGUCAAAUGACCAGGUGCUGACCAGAUCCCAGAGGAAAAUGGAGACGUGCGUUUCAUUGAGCGAAAACCCCUCUUCUACAUUGAAGAAAUCCACAAAGUCACCGACGGCAAAAAACAGACCUCUUAAACCAGUCGGCAAGUCUAAGGAACCUGCAACAAGGCAGGCAACUUCAAAAUCCCUUCCAAAGAAACAUCAAGCAGCGGCAGUAUCACAAACUACACCUCGAAAGUUGUCAAAAAAGAGAGCUCAAGAAUGUUUGGAUUCCCCAGCAAAACGCACCAGGACAUCGCUGGCAAAAUAGACUUGUUGAGAUCGUCUUCCUUUGAAAGACUUAGCAAAUUUCUUUCAUCUGGAGUGGAAUGGAAAAUUCUGGAAUGGAAUUUCCAUCUGGAAAAUAUCAAGUUGUUGCUCUCUUACCAAACUCUUUAAGAGUAGCUUUGCAGGAGGGGAGGGUGGACCGGUUCUCUGCCUGGAUGGUUGCCAUCCAGAACCCAAGAAGCUUCCGUCACAGGGCAGCACCACCUCAUGCUCCCAGACUCCACCUGAAGCAAAUAUGUGAAGUUUUAUUUUAAAAUUCAGUCAUGCUUGAAAAAAAUGCAAAUGUGAUGGAUUGUGUGCUGAGCGUGAACACACCAGUCCUCUAUGAUGUACGUUUGACUUAUGUCUCAGCACUCUGACACAAUCAGAUAUAAUGUCGACAGACAAACCUCCAUUAUGAACGUAUCUGUAACAAAUCUAAGGCUUUGAUGACGGCUGUAGUCAAGGUGACAGUUUUAUCCUUUAGUUUGGCAGGUUUUUUUUAGUUGCCAGUUUUGGAUCAAGUUUGGAUAAAAUGUAUUUUCUGAUUUGAUAUCGUCUUCAGAGGGCACAGGCGUCAUUGGGGACAUCAGAUCAGUUUCAUUUUUGUUGACAGCUUGUAUUUCCAGCCUGUCUUCCAAACACAUUGUGAAUUUGUGAAUUGUGACCAGGUGCCUUAUUUAUGAAGUGUUUAAAAAAAAAAAAAAAUUGCAUUGAUUGUGUUUCUAAAUGUGAAAACUGUCCUCUAGUUUUCAGUGACUAGAGAGACUGGACAUUCAUUGUGCUUCACUGUGUGAGCGCAAACUGUUUCCGUUCUGCACCGUUUGCGCGUAUUGUGCUUCAUCUUUAAAUUCUUUAUGCUGGCCGAGGUGUUUUAUUUUUGUAUUAGCGUUUUUCCAGAGCAUUAACAUGAAGAUAGUUCCUAUAUGUACUGGUUGUUGAUGCAAAUUGAGUUGUUUAAAUGCACAGCAAGUCUCUUUGUAUCGUGCUUUUAUUUAUGUUUAUGGUCCGUUUUGGUGCAGGAAUCAAAUGUACCCCUACAGUCACAUCUGAGCAUUACAUCUUCGACAGUAGCUUCACUUUGUGUAGUUUACCUGCUGGGAGAUGAUCACUCUGCUGUUUUAGCAACAGAGGUGAAAUCCAGACGAAAAAAAAAACAUUUGUCCUUUCCUUUAAAAAUCCAGAAUUGCCCCAUUUAAGUCUAUGCAGGCUAAUUUAGGGCUCAUCUUCAAGCAGUCAGUGAUGACUUUGGAACAUCAACUAUUGUGUCCAGUGAAGGGGGGGGCAGUGUGGAUGGUUUGUUCGAUACCCAUAAAUGUGUAAGCAUUAAUGUCACAUUACAGGCUUCCCUUGAUUAUUCAUAGGCUGGAUAUAAAGGGUUUUUAUUAUUAUUAUUAUUAUUAUUAUUAUUGAGUUGUGUUUCCAGGUGUGUUGCAGUUUAAUUGCAUUAUUGUCAUUGACUGGCAGAUGUUCUCAAAAUGUGAAGCUUACUUUCACACUUGUAAAUUACAUUGAUAGUAGCGUAUUGUCAGAGGAAAAAUACCAUUUUUAGCACAGUUAUUUCUUUUAUUACAAUCAUCUGUAAAUGCAAAACAUGUACAUCAUGUUCUUAUUGUUAUUUAAGAGCUCCGAGUAGAGUUUAGCAGAUCUAAAUCAGCCCACCAAAUAUCUGACUUGAACAUGUUUAUUCUUUACUGUUACUAUUUAAAGAUUUCAAUUUUGUCAAUUAGAAAGACAUAACUGCUUUAUUUGUGGUAAUCCCAAGAAUGAUGCCUCUUUAUGUUAAAAACUUUGUAUUUUGCUGGAGUUGAUAUAAAAAAAAAAGUCUAGAAUUUUA